AUGUAUGGUUUCUUUCAUCCCAGCUUCGAUGCGCAUCAUGCAGUCAAAUACGUCUAUUGUGUUUUGGAUGAAGUUUCUAGCGGUUUGGACAAUCUUGGAGACACUCCCGACGCCGGGUUAUUGUCCUUACUCUCACGGAUCGAAAGCGCGUUCACCUAUCGUCACUAUCAUAUUACUCAGGGUCUGUCACCGAAACUACUGCACGACUUCAGUGCAUGGUGUCUCCAUCGACUGCUGUUGAUCGCGUGUCGUCCUAAUUUCGUUUAUCACUUGAAUAUCGUGGGCAACGCAAUGAGAAAACUACUUGUACUUCUCGAAAGGCACUGUGUGGACACAUUCGUUUCGCACUCGUCCCUUUUGCUUCGCAUUCUCAAAAUCCUUCCUGGUUUUCAAACAUAUUCCCCGGAUUUGGUUGUGGAUGCUUUUCAUCUGUUUGAUGUGACGAUCGAACUUUGCGAUAUACCGAGCAAACAGAGAGCUUAUGAAGCCAUUCUACAGUCUACUGCGUGGUUCCAGAGUCUUCAGUUUUCAUCUGAUAUGGUCACCUCCAUUGCAAACAACUUCGCAGAUGCGACGGCCCUUUUGCUCCGGUUUCUAAACGACUGGCAUACAGGAUGUCUUGGAUUACCUCCGGGUGAAGUACCACCAGAUGAAAUUGCUUCCAUUGAACAGUUGGUUGCUCGGGGACUGGGUUGGCUUGCUGACAAGGAGCAACGAAGUUCGGCUAAUUCUGAACUACCUACUAGCUCAUUGGACUUGUCCGUGUGGUACAAUACUGACUUGAAGCAGGUUUGUGAACACUUACUGGAGGCAACCUGGGUCAUUAGAACGGAGCAUAGUGCCUUGCACUAUGCAUUGCUCCAUUAUUCAACCGUCCUAAAUCGGCCGACAAAUGAACAUUCUGCAAAACCGAAACAAUCACCCCCGCCAUUAUCCGCUCGGUCCUUGGCUUCCCAAUGUUUACUGCCUUUCAGUUGGGCCAACUUAGUCCUGGAGAGGCCACCAACUUUGAAUCCAGAAUUUAUUUUCAAUCUGGAGAAUCUGGAGUGCAAAAUUGAAUCUCACUUGAGUUCAAGGCUGUGCGGUUCGGACCUAUUCGAUUGGCAAGAAUUUUUCACGGCGUUAGUACUUCCAUCAUCAACGGCACCAUUGUCGUUCACAACCCGCCGCGAUGCAUGGUUCCGUCUCAGUCGUUUAUGGGGUGGGUUAUGUAGCAGUUUGAAGUCGCUGACAAACCUACACGAAAUUUUGCUAUCAAAAACUGUGCAGGCGUUGAAGCACACAGUGCUGUUGCUACCAAGCCCUGGUGCACUAUUCUCUGGUGGCGAUUCCGAGAGUUGUCGGAUCGAAGAUUUGAUUGAAACCUACGCUGGUUUGCGGUUUGUCACGAAUUGCUUGAGGGCUGUUCAAGUCUCUGAACAUACGCCUUAUGCUUCAAGGAGAAUCAUUGGAGAUUUUGGAGAAUUACACAUUUCUCGGUAG